AUGGAUUCCCCAAAGCCCGCACUCGACCUGGAGAGGGAGUUGACGUGCUCUAUCUGCACCGAACUCCUCUACCAGCCUCUGACUCUUCUCGACUGUCUACACACAUACUGCGGUGCUUGCUUGAAGGACUGGUUCUCGUUCCAGGCGCAACAAGGCGAGAACUCGCCGACCCCGCCCACACCAGGGACAAACAUCUUCACCUGCCCGUCAUGUCGUGCGCCGGUUCGCGACACGAGGCACAAUGCCACCGUUGCAACUCUCCUCGACAUGUUUGUUGCCGCGAAUCCAGACAGAAGGAGAUCUGAAUCCGACGUGGUGGAAAUGGUGAAGAAGUACAAGCGGGGUGACCAGGUGCUGCCGGAAGUCAAGAUUCCUGAGAGAACGCCGGAGGAGAGGCGCGCAGAGGAGGAAGAGAGGAGGUUGCUGGAAAAUGUGCGGGAGAUGAGUCUCAGAGACGCUGGGGUUGACUCUUCCUCGGGACCUCGACAUCGACGGCGGAGAGAAGAUAGCAGCUCUGCCGAUGGCAGAACCAGACGCAGCCGAGAUCAUAGUCGAGACAGCCGUCACACCCACAGACACGAGGGCAGUCGGAGACCGCGAGACGACGAAGGGAGGCUUAAUGGGGAUCAACUGCAACCGGACUCGAGGUCGGGCGAGCAAAGGAGACGCCAGAGGAGUGAGUCGAGACACCGUGCUCAAGAGUCAUCCGACAUGAGGCGUCGGCAAAUCGAGCACCAGUCGUCCCUGCGAUCGUUGAUCAGCUCGAGCGACUUGAGCGAGCGCGACGUUCAGAAGGAGAUUGAGGAUUUUGCUAGACAAAUCCAAGAAGAGGGUCUGUUGGAUGGACUUGAUCUGGACAAUAUCGAUCUGAGCCAGAACGACGAGCUGAGUCGAAAGAUUACAGAGGCUUACAGACGAAGGCAACGAGAGCGAGAACGCACGAGGGCCGAAGGAACAAGGAGGAGGGAUACGAGCGGGCAAUCCAGACACUCUCCAGAUCGCGUGCAGGAGAUCAGGUCAAGUGCAUCGGACAGCAGUAGACCGAGUAGCAGGCAACGGCCGCAUUCAAGGUCAACCAGUGCGACUGGAUUUCCCGAAGAUCGCAGCCGGCCGCCGCUCUCACAAAGCGCGCUCCAUCUUGAAGUUCGUCCAGAGGAGGGGCGGAGACGGAGGCGAACCUCGAGCGGCGGUCGUAGCGCAACCACACCCCUCCCAGCGACGCAGUCCGAGAACCGUGUAGCCACUCGAUCGCAGACCGACCUCUCAUCACGGACAAACUUUGGUGAAGCGGUCGCCCCGAGAACCGUUUUCACCGAGGCGAGAAGCUCGAGUACACCGUCGGUACCUACCACGAUGCAGUCUCCGACUACCACCUCGCCAGCACCGCGCGAGCUUACCUUUGCCAACCGCAUGACAAAUUCUUCUGCGGCAGUGCCUUCCAACUUUGCCGCGUCUCCGCCCAUAGAGCCGCUGUCGCCUCGCCUGCAGCGGCCGAACCGGCCAGCGGACUUGUCCAUCAUCAGCCAGGUCACUUCAGGCCCGGUAGGGCUUGGCUUGGGUUUGGGAAUCGGCAGUCCAACAAACCCCGGCCAUCAACGUACACGCUCGCAGCUUUACCCUGAACCCUCAAUCACGUGUGCCCGCUGCGCAAAACAGCACAUCGAGUACGAGCUACAUUACAACUGCGGGGUCUGCGCCAGCGGUAAUUGGAAUAUCUGCAUCGACUGUUAUAGGUCAGGCAAAGGCUGCUUGCACUGGUUUGGCUUCGGGUACGGAGCGUGGGCCAAGUGGGAGAAGGCUCGGCACACGGCACGCGAGGAUAUUCCCACACCUCACAUGCUGACGGCAAAUCGUUACCUUCAGCCGAAGAUCAUCCCGGGUGGAGCGGAGGGAAGACGAACCCUCACGACCGAUGACCCGAUGAAGCGGUUGGAGAGCGGCAACUUUUGCGCUCGAUGUCUGACCUGGGCAAACGAGUGCUUCUGGCGCUGCGAUAUUUGCAAUUUCGGCGACUGGGGGUUCUGCAACAAUUGCGUGAACCAGGGGCGAUCGUGCACGCACCCCCUUCUACCUCUAACUUAUCAGCCUCAGUCGUCGCAUACACCACCGGCCAGCCCCAGGUCGCCCCAGCCGCCUCACUCAGCCGUUGUGCUGACGGGACCUAAUAUUCAUAACAUCGGCCCCUUCAAGCCCCUGACAUUUACGACACACUGCGACGUCUGCCAGGACCCUAUAUCUCCUAGUCACAGCCGAUAUCACUGCUUCACUUGUACCAGCUCCAUCGAGCCUGACACGCUACCGGGCGACUAUGAUAUUUGCACAAACUGCUACGCCAACCUUGAAGCACGUGACCAAAUAAGCCCAGAGAACGGACACGUGGGUUGGCGCCGGUGUCUCAACGGUCAUCGCAUGAUCGUAGUCGGCUUCCGCGACGGACCGGGCGGACAACUGCGGCACAUACUAUCCGAUCUCGUAGGAGGCCGUAAUCUCCGCAUCACGCAACCAGAGGGCAGCGACGAGCAGGCCCCACAGAAGUGGUGGUGGCACGAGGGCGGGCAGACGCGGGAACGCUUCGUCACCAGGGACGUUGCGGCGGAUGCGCCGAUGGGGGAUGGCCUCGCUCAGGGGUUCCCGGCAGACGGGGGUGUCGGGAUGAGGGCGAUAGCGACGUGGGCUUGGUAUCCCAAGGCCGAGGACGAGCUAUUGUUUCCCAAGGGGGCUGAGAUUCGGGAGAUUGAGGAUGUGAAUGGGGAUUGGUUCUUUGGGGUGUAUAUGGGCGCCAAAGGGCUUUUCCCAUCGCCCUCGUUCGGCUCGGCCGCCGCGACGGCCGCCGACUGCCGGUCACAGCUCCGGUUCCGUCACCCAAACCCCACUACGGAGGCUGGGUCUCUCUACAGUCUUAGAAAGCCGAAUGCCGGAGCCCGUUUCUUCAACACCUCUGAUCUGCCAUUUCACUCAGUUCCCCGAGCUCUUCCCGCUACACAUCCGCGACGGGGCCAUUGCUUGAGGAAACUUGUAGCUUCCCAGUCCUACCCCACCAUGAGCCGCAUCGCCGUGCGUCGCUUCGCGACGACGGCCGCCCGCGCCAUCGACCCGCCUACCGCCUACUCCCUCAACCUUUCCCGCGCGCAAGGCGUCGUCAAGGGCCUCACCGGCGCAAUCGGCAACACCCCCCUCAUCCGCCUGAAUCGCCUUUCUUCCGAAACCGGCUGCGAAGUCCUCGGCAAAGCAGAGUUUAUGAACCCGGGCGGCUCCGUCAAGGACCGCGCAGCCCUCUACGUCGUCAAAGACGCAGAGGAGCGCGGCCUCUUGAAACCGGGCGGCACCGUCGUGGAGGGCACCGCAGGAAACACGGGCAUCGGCCUCGCCCACGUCUGCCGCUCCCGAGGCUACAAGCUCGUCAUCUACAUGCCAAACACCCAGUCCCAGGGCAAGAUCGACCUGCUCCGGCUCCUCGGCGCCGAAGUCUACCCCGUCCCCGCCGUCGCGUUCGAGAACCCCGAAAACUACAACCACCAGGCCAAACGCCACGCCGAGGCGCUCGACAACGCCGUCUGGACGAACCAGUUCGACAACACGGCGAACCGCCGCGCGCACAUUGAGACGACCGGCCCCGAGAUCUGGGAGCAGACGGCCGGAAAAAUCGACGCCUUCACCUGCGCCACGGGCACCGCCGGCACGCUGGCGGGGACGACGCGGUACCUCAAAGACGUGAGCGGCGGCCGCGUGAAAUCCUUCCUCGCCGACCCGCCCGGCAGCGUGCUGCACUCGUACGUGUCCUCCGGCGGGCAGCUCGUCGAGCGCAGCGGGUCCAGCAUCACCGAGGGCAUCGGCCAGGGCCGCAUCACGGACAACUUGAAGCCCGAUAUCGACCUCGUCGACGGCUCGCUGACCAUUGCCGACGAAAAGAGCAUCGAAAUGGUGUACAGGUGCCUCGACGAGGAGGGGCUGUACCUGGGCGCCAGCUCGGCGCUCAACGUCGUCGCGGCCAAGGAGGUGGCGGAGAAGCUCGGCAAGGGGAAUACGGUCGUAACGAUCCUGUGCGACGGCGCGUACCGCUACGCCGACCGGCUGUUCUCGCGCAAGUGGCUUUCUGAGAAGAAGCUGCUGGGCGCGAUACCCAAGCAUUUGGAAAAGUACAUUGUUCUGCCGUAA